AUGAAUUCACCGACUUAUACUGUUGCAAGUGAAUCUUAUAUUUUGGAAGAAUCAAAUGCUUGCAAAAGACAACUUGAUAUUUUUAAAAUUGCUGUUGAUAAUAAAAUACUAUGGAGUUUAAAAAUGUUGGAUUCAAGUGGUCAACCAAAACCAGGUUUCAUUUAUGGAAAUAAUUUUUGGCUUGGAUCAGAAACCCAAUGUAAUGAUCUCUCUAAUAGAAAAGACUUUGACAUAUCACCUGGUAAUAUUAAAAAUAAUUCAAUUUACCGUAAUAUCAAUGAAGAAUAUCCACCAUUUAAAGUUAAUUAUUUUGCUGCUCAAUUUCGUCAUAACAGUACAAUUCAAUAUCACAUGGGACUUCCAAAUGACGAUAUUAUGAUAAUGGGCCUUUGUUUACCCGACAUUUGUACCACCAAAGAAUUAUCAGAAUUAAUUACAAAAAUAUUUAAAGAUCGUCUUUUAGCUGUUAAUAAUUUAUACAAUGCUGAUUAUGAACUUUUAAAUGUCAAAAAUCUCAAGGAUAAUUAUGACUAUCUUUUUAAAUGGAAUAAUAUUACUGUAAUAGUGAUUAUUAUGCUGACAGUUGUAAUGAUGAUUGUUGGUACUGUCUAUGAUGUAACUGUUUAUCAAAAAAUACUUGAAAAUUCAGUUCAUGUAAUUCAUGGACUUAAAUUUUUUGCAAUGUUUUGGAUAAUAAUGAAUCACACUGUAUUAUUUGCCAAAGAUUACAUAGGUUUAUUAUCACCUUCUUAUUUUAUGUCAAUGGCAAUAUUACCAAUGAUUUAUUCUCAUUUUGAUAAUACCUCGGUAUUUUAUAUGAGUGAAAGACCCCAAGACACUUGUGAUAAAUAUCUAUGGAGAAAUUUUUUGUUUAUAAAUAAUUUAUUUACCAGAAACGAAUCGUGUGCAACUUGGAGUUGGUACGUGUCAAAUGACAUGCAAUUUUAUUUGAUCGGUACAAUUCUCAUUGUCUCUUCUGUAACAUAUUUUUAUAUCUGCUCUGCAGUUUGGAUCAUUUUGAUGGCAAUGACAAUUUUUGCUAGUGGAUAUAUAUCAUAUAUGAUUGAGUACACACCAACUAUGGAUAUACAGUGGGCUACACAAGAUUAUUUGUACGAUCCACCUUGGAUGCGAAUUGGUCCAUAUUUGAUCGGUAUUGCUGCUGGAUAUAUUUUUGCUAAAAUUCAACGUAAAUGGAAAGCUAAUAAGAUUAAAGUUUGGAUCGUUUGGAUGCUGGCUUUGUUGGCUAUUGUUGGAACAUUAUUCAGUUUGCAUGAUAAGAAAUUAUCUGUUCUUUAUCUAGCAUUUUACAAUGGAUUUAGUAGAUCAGUUUAUGGAAUAGGAAUUGCAUUGAUAAUUAUUGCUUGUGAAACUGGACAUGGUGGUUUUUUAAAUUCAAUAUUAUCCUGCAAGUUUUUGUUACCAUUGAGCAGAUUAACUUAUUGCGCUUACUUGUUGAAUCCAAUGAUCAUAAAUGUUAUCUACUUGGGCAAUGAAUCAUCUGUUCAUAUGAAUUUUUUACUCAAUUUUAUAACGUUUUUGGGAAUUUUAAUUACAUCUUUUAUUGGAGCUUUUGUACUAUCUGUUAUGUUUGAAAUACCUUAUAUUUCAAUUUUUAAA